UCCCACUCAGACUAUUAGACGUGUCGGUCUGCUCCGUGUCUGAGCCCCGCUCCUCUCCGCGUGUCAUACCCGCACUCAGCACCUCUCAGCACGGACACAACAGACCGUCCCGGUCCGUCUCCUGCACUCAGUCCGUAGUUAACUACCAACUUCCGCCAACAGCAGGUCCUGACGCACCGGGCUGUGGACGACGGACGGAGGGGAUGCUGCUCAACCACGAAACCUGCUAUAUAAACUAAGUACACAGAGUUCUGUUCGGACGGAGGCUGUCAGGAUGGAAGUCUCCACCGCUGCCCGUCCUUCCUCAACCUGCAGGCCGACCUCUGGCGGAGUUUCAGCGGAUGAAAACACCUCCGCCGCCGGCCGAGCUCCGAGCCAGGUGCCGGGGAAGAAGCAGGCGGUGAAGCGGCACCACCACAAACACAACCUGAAGCACAGGUACGAGUUCCUGGAGACGCUCGGCAAAGGGACCUACGGCAAGGUGAAGAAAGCCAAGGAGAGAUCCGGCAGACUGGUGGCCAUAAAGUCCAUCAGAAAGGAGAAGAUCAAAGAUGAGCAAGACCUGGUUCAUAUCCGCAGAGAAAUAGAGAUCAUGUCCUCGCUGUGCCACCCGCACAUCAUCACCAUAUAUGAAGUGUUUGAAAACAAGGACAAGAUUGUGAUUGUGAUGGAGUAUGCCAGCAGAGGGGACCUGUACGACUACAUCUGUGACAAGAAACGCAUCACGGAGCGGGAGGCCAAAGACUUCUUCAGACAAAUAGUAUCGGCUGUGCACUACUGUCAUCAGAAUGGAAUAGUACACCGGGACCUGAAACUGGAGAAUAUUUUACUAGAUGGCAACGGCAAUGUUAAGAUCGCAGACUUCGGCCUGUCAAACCUUUACCGCGGCGACGAGUAUCUUCAGACUUUCUGUGGCAGUCCUCUCUAUGCCUCCCCAGAGAUUGUCAAUGGUCGGCCGUACCAUGGGCCAGAGGUGGACACUUGGUCUCUUGGUGUGUUGUUGUAUACCAUGGUUCAUGGCACCAUGCCAUUUGAUGGAAACAACCACAAGAUGUUGGUUCAGCAGAUCAGCACAGGAAACUACCGGAAACCCAUUAAGCCCUCAGAUGCAUGUGGGCUUAUCCGUUGGAUGCUGAUGGUGAAUCCUGAGCGCAGAGCCACAAUAGAGGAGAUUGCCGGACACUGGUGGCUCAACUGGGGUUACCAGCAGCCUUUACUGGUAGAGACAAAGAGCAGCACAGCAGAGCAGACCUCCUCGCCAGUCUCUCCAUCCACAUCCCAUCCGGCGGGGCUGGCCGGUGUCGCUAGUUGGCUGCGGCGCACGUCCAGGCCUUUGCUCGAGAACGGCUCCAAGAUGCGCUGCCUGCUCCGCCCGCAGGCCGCUGGAGGAGGGGACGUGGUGCGGCAGCGCUCCCUGCGGAGGUCGCGAAAGGAAAACAACAUCUCCCAGACCGUUCUCGAAGGCGGCGCAGACAGUCGUCCCUCAAAGGGAAUUCUAAAGAGACGCAACAGUGUGAAACAGAAAGCGAUGAGCGAGACCCCAGUCACGGGUCCAGUGGAGCCGCCGAAUAUUUUGGGCUUGUCCGCACCACCUACUGCCCCCUCAGCCGAGUUAAUGCCUCGCAAGGGUAUCCUGAAAAAGCCCACCGAGCAAGAGUCAGGAUACUACUCGUCCUCUCCUGAGAACAGUGACUCUGGCUUGGUACCAAAAACCAAACAGUGCCCCUCAGCGCCAACCUACAGGAAGGGCAUCCUUAAGCGAAAUGGAAAGUUCUCCACAGGCGGGCUGCAGGAGUUUGGCUCCUUGGACCAGCUGGCAGCCUCUUUACCUCAUGGGGGCGGCAGGUCGAGACCAAGUGGUGCCAUCAGCGAGGACAGCAUUCUGUCCUCAGAGUCCUUUGACCAGCUGGAUCUGCCGGACCGGGUGGGACCAUCCGCACAGAUGGACAAACCAGCCAAGGCCAGCAUGAGAGGGAGCGUGUCUGCGGACAACCUGCUGGAUAUCCAGGAAGACGGGAUUCCUGGGGAUGGGCUGCGGAGGCCGUGGAACUGCUACUAUGAGCCCGGUGUGGCCGACAGCGCCUUCUCCAUCACUGACUGCGAUAAUGUAACCGAGGCAUACAAACAGGCCAUGGUGAUACGAGGCUCCGCAGCAAGCUGAACAGCCACCAUUAGUCAAGGACGCUGACUAAAGAAUUGUCUUUUCGUUCAGUAUUUUUAUUACAUGACUCGACUACUGAAGACAUGGAAGCCAAAGUGCAACACGCGAAACUACCAGCGCGUUAAAUCGUUCUUUUGGCUAACUCGAGGAAUUGCACAGCACCAAAAUUGGAGGAGGCUUCUAGUUCAACACCAGAUUGUAUUUAAGAUGGUGGACUUUAAAUGAUGCUUUUGAAAAUAACCAGAUGGAUCAGUAUUUUUUAACAAAACUGACAGUUGUAAAAAAAAAAAAGUCCAUUUCAAAGAUUCUCAGGAGAAUGAGAGACAUCUGCAUUGAAACCAAAACACUGGUCUGAGUUUUCAGAACUUUUACUUAGUAAAUUAGAGAACUGUCUUUGGAUAGAGUCACUGUAGAACUUGGGUUUAAUAUCGCUUUUAUUGCUUGGACGGCAGAAUACUUGGUCUGUGUCGGUUCAUUGUCCACAGGUCAGUUUGACGACCUUCUUACGGUUUCAUCGCUCUUUUGGAUUCUAAAUUUCUGGUCAUUGAUCACCUGUCAACUUUAUGUUUCUCUAGGCUCACAGGUUUAAUGUUAGGACGGCUUCAUGCACUAUGUACAACAGAUUUCACUAAGUUUAAAAUGACAUUUCAUGGAAACCAAAGAAUUCAUGUUAUUAUAUCGUUUUGUUUGUCUUUAUUUAAAGCGCUGGGAAAAAGUGCCAAGUGGAGGUUUGUUCGUUUGUUGCACCUCUGAGGUUUUUUUAAUAUGCUUUUUUAAAUAAUUUGUUUGGAUAACGACUUGAAUAAUUAUCAUGGCACAAUUGAGUCAUGACAAGUGUAACCUGCAGAACCUGCUUUUAGCUCCCAAGCCUGUGAUUUUAUUAUGUGCACAGGUGGCCUCUGGCUCUGUGUACGUGCAGGUGGCAGUUUUCACAUGAGAGGUGGGGCA